GCCAUUCAUACUCAUUUUACAUGUCAUCCAUAAGCGACCAGCCUUGGUCUUUGAUAUUUUUAAACCUUGAAAAUUCCAAUCCAGUAACAACGAACGUUAACCACUUGUUYUUUCGUUUGUUUUUCAUYCUUCUUUUUGGUAACAUCGUGGCAGCCCCAGCACUUACUAUUAUAGAUACCUUCACAGUUAGGAAGCUUGGWGAUCAAAGUCAUAAAUAUGGYUCGCAGCGCUUGUGGGGCUCGCUUGGCUUUGGCAUUUCAGCGUUUAUUGUGGGUGCAUUUGUCUCGACAACUCAUUAUUGYCCUAGUCCGUUCACAAAGUCAUCCGAUAUCAACUAUACUCUUUGUUUUUAUUCGUUUGCAAUUCUUAUGUCCUUAGCACUAGUAACAGCAACAAAGAUUGAUCUAAAUAUUCCAUUGGAUAAUAAAACAGAMGAAUCUACAGAAACUAAAGAAAAASYAUYAUUCAUCAAAGAGUUUGUGGAUUUAAAAUUCCUUUUGUUUUUAUAUAACGCUUUCUUUUUUGGAUUUCUAGCUUCUUUUAUCAAAACGUUUUUAUUUUGGCACUUGAAGGAUAUUGGUGGGACGCCAGAACUCUUCUGYAUUAUUGUAGCUAUUCAUUGCAUUGCUGAAGUUACAAUGUACUUUUUGUCRUCGCGACUUAUUUCCUUAUUAGGACAUCUAAGAGUGCUGUAUCUGGGGUUAAUAUGUUACUCCAUUCGUUGCUUUAUAUACUGGUUCUUGUCAAGACCAUGGUCAGUUCUGCCCUUUGAAGUACUGUCAGGRGUAACUUCYGCAGCUGUAUGGUCGGCUAUGUUGUCSUAUAUUGGUCAAAAGACAWGCGAUGGGAAUGCGACCACGAUGCAGGGRCUUCUACAUGGAGUUCACUGGGGAUUGGGUUACGGUUGUGGAGAGAUGAUUGGUGGAUUAAUAGUGAGUUAUAUCGGUACAGGCAGCUGUUUUCUCAUUUUAGGAUUCACKUCUUUAAUACUGUUCAUUAGUUACUUUGUAUUCAACAGCGCUGUUGACAUCAUCCAAGCAACCAAARCGAGAUUUUCUAGUUAAUAAGUAGCUGUUUUCAUAAAGCGUGAGAGAUGAUUAUAAUAUGUUAUC